AUGGACAAGGACCCACACUACACCAGGUCUAAACCCGGUCUGGACCCAAACCAGGACUACACCAGGAGUCCAGAGCCUGUGGACGACUUUGUGCAGAACCUUCUCCUGAGACUCGGGUUAGUCCGAACUCUGGGCUGUUUCCAGAGGGAGUGGUACCAGGUGGACCAGGACCAGGACCAGGACCCAGUGUGGUUGGUCCCUGACUUCCUGUCGCGUCGCCGUCUCCUCCAAUCACAGCUGGCGAUGGUGCGUGAGGAGGCGGGGCUUGCAUGUGGGUGUGUCCUGGAUGCUCAGCAGUCAUUGGCUCGUCUGCGGCGCGAGCGCAACUUCCAUCGUGAGCGCAGCAAGAAAGAGGAGCAACACAAGAGAGCACUGAGAGGUUAG